AUGAAGCAGACUGUCGCAAGGCAGCUUCCUGUCAGCGUCUUCAUGGUUACCCCACAGGUUCUCGACCUAGUCCUGGAUGUACAUGACUCUCAAGGCCCCGCUGCAAUGGUUCAGGAGGAUGUCCAAGCCAGCGAGUGUGAGCUGAUCACGAGCAAGCCGAUUCUCGCGGGCUUUGACCUCCUCCUGAAGAGACCUAUCUGCAGCGCCUGCCUGCUUACUCACGCAUUCUUCAUCUCUAUUUGGACAUCCGCAUCCUAUUCCGCCUUGAAGGUGCAGCCUCUCCACCUGGAGCCAUACAACACCAGGCUGAAGAGUGCUGUGCAGUCCUUGCGGGACGAUUUCGGACAGAAUGCUGAAGGUAUGCUGUCCGAUGCCAUUUUGAUAUGGAGUCUUGAUUCACAACUUCAGAGACACCACAACUAUUCGGACUUGACCCAAGCUGUCGAGAAGGAGCUGAAGCAGUUGCAGAAGACAGAUGUAUGUCAAAAACUGGAAUGGAAGUCUGCGAAGCUUGCAAAGAGCGAAGAUGCUGCUGUUCUGCAGCUCGACCUGCAUUCUAGAGCUUCUAUCGGACACCGCAACCCAUGCUUGUACAGAAUCCGUGAGUACGUCCAAACAGUGGACCGCAGAUUUGGCAAACUCAAUGUAGCGAUGGCCGGCCCGCAUUCCGUGGUCGAUGCUUCCUAUGAGCAAUGCGACAGUGAGACGCUUUUUCAUCUUACACUGAGCACACCGCUUCUGGUACUGCUACUGAUUCUCGGUGUUGGUACGCUGCCACGUGCCAUUACACCGUGCUUCUGCCUUCUUGGCAGUGUUCCGGCCUCGCGCAGCCUGGUCGUACUGGUCAAGGCGCUUUGGCCAGAUUUGAAUAUGGUCGGACCUGACACUCAGAUUCUCUUCGUGCAGUUGGCCCUUGCCUUUGACUAUGCACUGUUCUUCUGGGUGCGCUUCUCACAAGAGCGUCGAUCGCGUACAGCAGCAGAGGUGGAUGUCGUGCUCAUGAAAACACUGCAGACCUCAGGCUUUGUCAUUCUCCUCAGCACUUCUAUUCUUGUGAUUACAUUCCUUGGUGCAAGCUGCUACCCUGACUUGAACAAGCUAGGCUACCUGUAUACAACCUUGAACUUGGCAUUCGGAAGCCUGUUUGUUGGGUUGUACAGCAUCGCGGUGCCACCGGUUUUGGUAUCCAUAUUUCCAUCAGUGUUCGACGAGCCGCAUGAGAGCAAUAUCUUGUCGUCUUGGAUGCGACGAGGAUCGAAAGUGGUUCAGCGUGGUUUCUUUAGGCCCGUAGCAGACACGAUCACAUGCAGACCCUGGAACUAUGUAGCGCCGUUUCUUGUUUUGGCAUGCUGCAGUCCCCUAAUGGUGCACAUGUGGCAUCUUCGUGCAAACUUUGAUGUGACCCUCACCGACUUUUCUACAUCUGUCCCUGAGUAUCAUGCUUAUGACUUGGUUCGGAAAAAGUUCGAUAACCGAGAGGGGAGCCAGAUGACACUGUUGAUGACUGCUUCCAAAUUACUCGCAAACUCUUCCGACCUUGUGGAUACGAGUGACUGGACGCGAAGCAAACCAUUUCAGGAAGCAGCUUGUCAUGUUGCGAGAACGGUGCUAAGCGACGACAAGUGCCAAUCUGCGAAUGUGAAUAGACACGAGAUGGUUGGAUACUGGUGGGACUCUCUGACCGGGUCUUGCGUACACAACCCGAACUUUCACGAUAAGUUCAUUUCCGAUGACGGUGUUUCCCAGAGAAUGUUUAUGUUCCCCGACAUCGACAACCUGCAAGGAGCGGAAGCUCAACGUUUGAUUCGUCACUUUUGGGAAGUUAUCGAACCCAAGGUGUCGAUUCAGAAUGGGCACGGAGAAACCCUCUUCUCUUUGCAUCUUUACACACCGGUUGCCGAAAAUAUGCUGUUGGAAGCUCAGUACCGGCACUCUGCCCCUUGGAUUCUGGGCAUCACCCUGGCCAUUGUGUGCUGCAUGGUGACUGCUUUGUUCCAGUCCGCUUUUGUUGGAAUCAAGAUGGUCUUCACGAUUGCGCUGCCGAUUGUGGCUGAGUACGGCUUUGCUGUUGGCGUUUUUCAAGAUGGAUGGCUUGCCUGGGCCGGUGUUGAUGCCACAGGUGGCUUAAAGUGGACAAUGGUUCACAGCACUUGCGGCUUCCUCUUUGCACUAGCGAUGGACUAUGACCUCUUCCUCUUCGCCCGUGUCUACGAACGCAGACAACAGGGCUAUGACAACGCCUCAGCCGUGCGCCUGAGCCUUGAAGAAACAGGCCCUCUCAUUACCCUGGCAGGGACGAUCAUGGUGAUAUCUUUUGCGUUUGUUCUCCUGUCCUCCGUGCCGGUGAUUGCACAGAUGGGUUGUUUGUACUGCUUCGGGGUGGCUUUUGAUGUCUACGUCGUCCGCAUCUUCCUUGCACCCGCCGCGCUUUGCAUCUUUGAGAACAUGAACUACUGGCCGGGGAAGGUGCCUACGCCUUUCAUCUGUUACCCUGACAAGCGGGACAUGAUCACAAAGGCGAAGGACUAUGGCACCUGUGUGAAGCACAUUGUCACCGUCGGCGAGCCAUUGGGAUGUGCAGUCGCCAAUCGUCUUGUGCGCACCAGAGGUGUGGAGGCGCAGCUCCACAACUUCUACGGAGUGUACACCGUACCCAAAGAAGGCAUCGACCUGGACAUCUUUCCAUCCAAGGCCCCAUGCGGUCGGCCACAGCCACAUGCAAAAGUCUUCGUGAUGAGAGAAGAAGCUCAGGCACAUCUGCUGGUAGACUGGAAGUUCCUGCAUUGUGCAGUUGGUUUGGUGAGCCUCGUGAUGCCGCCUGCACCAUGUAGGAAUCUGGACCUCCUGUUCUGGUGCCAGUUCCAGGUGGUGAGGCAGAUGAAGGGCAGCAGCAUCAGCGGCUAUUGGAAGCAUGACGAGCUGACUGCCCAGAAGUGGAUCGACACGAAGGACGAUGUCUCGCUCAUGUCGACCUCGGGAGACUCUACCGGACUGGAGACAUGGGCCGCUGGAGAGCGGGCCAGCUGGAGGCAGAGCUCGGCUGUCGGGGCGGAGAUCUUCACCUUCGGAGCUUUUCAGGUGAUUGGCCGCGUUGAUCGACAGGUGAAAAUCCGGGGAGUUCGUGUUGAGCCCGAAGAGGUCGAAGCAGUCCUCAGAAGGUAUCACUAUGCGACCAGCGAGGAGAUUCUCGAUUCUGGUGAGAUUCGCCAUGCCGGCCGGCUCAAAGAGGCCAGGCCAGAGCUAGAGCCCAGCCUGUCCGAAGCGAGUCGGGCCGAGUGCUCAGCAGGUCGCAGUGGUGGCUUCGAAGGAGCGGCUGAGCGGCGCAGAGCAGGGCUAAGGCUUCGCAUGUGCAAAGUUGCCACAGCUCAUACCAAGAAAGAAGCAUGUUCUGUGUGCCUGUUGGUCCUUGCCUUACUGCUUCAGCCGCCCAUCUCUGAGCCUGUGGCAUGUGCAAUGGUGGGCAGACGAGUGCAUGGAGAUUCCGGCAGAUUCAAUGCCUAUGCCUCUGCGGAACAUGCCUCUGCACGACAAAGCCUGGGGAGAAAGCGGCAUUCCAUAAGGACGCCUUGCACUCCGCCGGCCCCACGUCGCCACAGCCAGCCUGGCUUGCCAGGAAGCAAAGGAGGUCCUUCAUCCCCUUUGCAGGAAGCCGCCGUCGCUCCAAGGCGCCAAGGCGAAGGCGAAGGAGCCCGAAGUGCCCAGAGAGGAGCACGUCUGCGGCCUCCGCGUCCGUCAACCUCAAGCCAAGCCACUGCCGUGGCCGUGGAGCCCAAGGAGGCAGAGACAGCCGCUCACACAUCUCGAACGUCUCCCGCGCCUCUGCAAAGGCCACCGCUCACGCAGCAGGACCAGUGCCAUUGGAUCGAGCUUACAUCUUUGCCAGCUGCAUGGAGUUCCUCAGACAUUGAGAGAAUGUGCAAAAGAUAUGGUGAUAUCUUGGGGCCGUAUCGAGACGACAAGACGGAUGGUCAGUUUCGAGUGGGCUAUCCCUUGAGAGAAAUAGCAACCACGGCCGUGAAAAGCCUGAAUGCCAAAUUUGCUACAAAGAGGGCGGCAGCCACAGCCAGGUUUCUUCCAAGCUCAACGACCCAAAGGCAGAAGGCCUUCGUGGAUGAGCUGCUCGCUAGCAGCACUCUCAAAGGUUGGGAAGCGGAAUCGGAAGCAGCUCAACGGCGAGAGCUCUUCCUCUGGAACUUGCCAGAUCUUUUACCCGCCAAAUUGUUCUUGUGGUUACAAGGUGGAAGCAAGCAGGAUUUGGAUAGCAGAGUCCCUUUUGAGCCGUUCGAGAGUCACGAAUGGCUGGGCAAGUGCGGCUAUGUUCGGUUCCAGAGGCAUGAGGCUGCGGCCAGGAUGUUGCUGGAGAUACCGCAGAGGCCCGAGAAGUGCCGAGCGGCCUGGUCGUUCUCAGAGCGAUUGAUUGCCUGGAGAGAAACAGCGCAGAGCAUCGUCCAGGAAGCAGAGUUGGAGUUGCAAUGCCAGUCGCUUCAGCUGCUCGGAGACGGGCUAAAGCAGCGUCUAUGCUUCGAAUGGAAAGGUGCAGCAGCUGAUCUUCCAGCAACUCGCUCGGGGCUGAAGGAUCGGCUUCAAAGCGCGCUGGAAAGUGCCAUGGCGAGGCCCUGUGUCCUGGUCCGUGGCCUCGCCAAGAGCUGGACGGAGACCAGCCUGAAAGUCUUGUUUGCUUUCUAUGGCGGCAUGUCAACAGUCAGUAUGGUGCGAAGCGAAACAGAAGUCAGCUGCUACGUGCAGUUGAAGGAUGCAGCGAAUUCCGAAAAGUUUGUUGUACAGUGGGAUGGCAAGCACGUGGGUGAUGAUGAGUCCGGCUUGGAGCGCUGUCAGAUCUCUUGCCAGAUAGUUCCUUCGAGCCAGAUGCCACCUCCACCACAGGCAACCUCGCAAACAAGCGAACCUGGAACGCGCACCAACGCGAAAGAGGGAGGUGUGCUCGAGUGCCAGUGCGAACUUAGCCCAGCAAAGACGAGCACACGGACAACGCGGCAGGAAUCUUCGAAGAGAAAGCGGGAGGUCUUCACGGGCAAGCCGAGACCCGCUUCGAAGCAGGCAAACCUCCCGACACGACAUGCUAGAGGUCCUCAGCCGACAAGGAACACUGAGAGAAGAGUACGUGAGCCUCAGGGUUCCGCAAUACCACAGAGCGAAAGCAGCAAAGCACUGCUUCAUUUCCCGGAUAGCACCCGGACGCCACAGACGCCACGACAUGCCAAACAAGGCCGCGUCGAGGCCGCCCCCUGCGCAGAGGCACCACGAUUGGCAUCUAAAGCUACUCCAGCGGCUGCUCGCCGGACGAUGAUGCAAACUCAAACAGCUGCUCGCCGGAAGAUGGUGCAGGAGCGCCAAAAUUGCACGGCGGCUUUUGAAGAUCUCGGCUCUCAGACGGUACAGCUGCAGAAGGGUGAUCUGGUUAAGCUGGACCAGGCCAUCCAACGGCUCAGGCAAGCAAUUGGAGACUAUAUGCGCACGGAGCGCUUUGAUCGCCCCCUCGUGGAUGCGUGCCUUCGAGGUGGCCGUCCUUUGCUGUCUUCCCGUAGUUCGCGGCCACAGGUUUACUUGCUCAGGAUUUUCCUGCGUGGAGGAAAGAGGGCCUGUUGGGGUUAUGGGUGA